AUGCGAGCCCUUCACGCCAGGGACCACCACCCGCGGGGAUUCAGGGCGCAUGUACGAGUCCAGGAGGUCCUGUCAGAACGACGACUCGGAUAUCAGCUGAUGUACCUGUACAAAGCAAGCUUUGCUCAAAAGAGUUUUGUCUUGAAAAACAUCUUCCGAGGCAACUACGACUAUCAAAAGAAGUUCCUACAACAGCCUCUGUCUUCCAGUCAAAAUCUGAGGGCGCUGGUGGAUACUGUCAAGGAGAACGCCAUCUUCGUCUACGAGUUCUCCCCGAGCAUUUCCUUCACUUUUCCAGGCGACCGCUCGCGUGUGAGACAAGAAAAUAGCAUUGUCAAGCGCUCCCUUGAAAGCCUGGCCGAGCUGCACGACAGAGGCAUCAUACAUACUAACAUCAAACCCAACCACAUCCUAAUCGACAACAUCGACUACGAACAGGCAACGCGUAGCAGAAACAGAGACCUCACCAUCACCCAGGCCCGCAUGUCAGACCUCGAGGAUGCGGUCCUACUGGCCCUGACGGAUGCAUCGAGGGUUGCCUCUCCGGAAACGGGCUCUUCGUUCGCCAUCGUGGCAAUCUAUAUCAUGCUCAACCACAUGUUGUUCCUCGAAAGCAAUCAAGAGCUUAAGACCGACAGGGCUUGGGCCCACGUCCUUCGGAAACACAUCAUGUAUCUCGGAACUAAGGAUGGUUUCACUGGGCUCAUGAAGCAUACCAGCAAGGAGAAUCCCUUUUGCGAGCGACUUCUGUCCUUGGCUGCUGAAUUCGGCGAUGGGAACUCCGGGAGGCCGUUCGCGACGCGGGAUUUCAGGAUCUCAUUUUCCAGAUAA